CUAUGUUCAAGCUAUCACCAUUUUCCGAUAUGGAAUAAAAGUUGAUCUGCUUGAUGCAUUUAGAUGUAGGUAUUGCUGUUUAUGCUUGGAAAUGUCUGCAUGGCGUAACGAUCUAGUUGGACUCGGUAAUAAUAGAUUUGUUAAUGGGAACAUAUUCUGCGUGGUCUUCUCACACCAAUUUGACGAUCUUAUCAUGUUCUCCGACAUUUCUCAUUCUCGCCCAUGAAUAUUUAUUUGAAUCAACUAAAACAAAUACAUUUUUUGGGAUGAGAGAAUUAUACAAUUAAAUUUGAGUUCUGCUAUAUAUAAACUUUGCAAGGUCAUGAACUAUCUUUACUUUCUGAUUUUGGUCUCUGUAAGCCACUGGAUUAUUUAACCCUAUCAGCACUACAUGAAAUAAAGCCAUGGAUGAUGAAAUUUGGCAGAACCAAUGGAUGUUGAUGAUAAGAGGAGCAGCUGUUGAAAGAGUCCCAGUGAAGAGUUACACCAUUGGCAAAUGAACCAGAGGAAAUUGGUGGUCCCUUGGUGCGAUUAUGUAUGAAAUGCUCGUGGAUUGCCCUCCAUUUUACUCCGAUGAUCCAAUCACCAGCUGCAGAAAGAUUGUUCAUUGGAAAAAUCACUUGAAGUUCCCAGAAGAUGCUAAGUUGAUAAUUGAAGCAAAGGAUCUCAUUUGUAGGUUGUACUGGAGGAGCAUACCAAAUCAAAGUAUCCACUACAACAAUCAAGCAUUUACAGUUGGAUCCAUCUAUACCAGGAAAGCGUGGCUCAGGACCGUCAACGAAGAUGCUAUUGAUUCCCAAAGAUCUCAGCUUUGUUGGAUAUACAUUCAAGAAUUUCGAUGCUGUCAAAGGAGUAUUACUUUGUUCCUGAUGCUAUUGAUUCCCAAAGAUCUCAGCUUUGUUGGAUAUACAUGCAAGAAUUUUGAUGCUGUCAAAGGAGGGCUUCACUCUUUUACUUGGAUCAGUAUUAUUCCAAUUUAUUUAAAUGAACGAGCGAUAUUUUAAACUAUGGAAUUAGUUCACCAAACUUCUUUCAAACGAACGUUAUAGAUGCUCAGAGAUUAUCA